AUGUCGGACUCAGAAGAUGACCCAGACUACCAGCCACCUACAGACGAAGAAUCGGAAAGCAUGUGCACGUAUUCUGAUGCAACUUCAUCUGAAGAAAGCGUAGAAUUAUCCACCAGUCACCAACAUCAACAUUCUUCAGAAGCCAUACCAUGUCGGAGCAUACCGAAUUCGAGCUGGAAUAUACCGUUAUCAGAUGGUUCAAGAAAAAAACAGUUUCCGUUUACUGUUGACCCAGGCAUGAAAAACAUUGGUUCAGAUUGUCAAACUGAAUUAGACUUUUUAUUUUUAUUUUUGGAUAAUGAGAUUAUUGAUUUAAUGGUACGAAUGACUAAUUCAUACGCAAUAAAAACACAAAUACUCAAACGUGUAACACGAAACAGUCGGUUGUCUAAGUGGAACGAUUGUGAUGCUGCCGAAAUGAAGAAAUUUCUCGGGCUACUGAUUUGGAUGGGGCUCAAAAAACUGCCAAAAAUUAGUGAUUAUUGGAGUACAGACGUAUUAUAUGAAAACAAUGUUGCAAAAAGAGUAAUGAGUAGAAACCGAUUCGAAUUAUUACUUCGAUGUUGGCAUUUCGAAGAUGCUUAUUAUAUUGGCAUGACGGGAACAGAUCGACUCAUAAAAAUAAGACGCUUCGUCGAGAUCCUUUCAAAAAAAUUUGGCCAAUACAAAACACCUGGAGAGUUUCUUACCGUUGAUGAAACAAUGGUAGCUUUUCGUGGCCGGAUCGCUUUUAUGCAAUACAUACCUGGAAAACGACAUAAGUAUGGCAUAAAAUUAUUUAAAAUUUGCGACGACGAUGGAUAUACCUAUGACUUGAUUGUAUAUGAAGGCAAAAGGACCACUUCAACCACACAAAACGUAUCCAGUGAAAUAGUCAUGAAACUCAGUGAUCAAUAUCUGAAUGCUGGAAGAAGUAUCGUUACUGAUAAUUACUAUACAAGUGUCACUUUGGCUAAUAGUUUACUCCAAAAAAGCACCCAUUUGUUGGGGACUCUAAGAAAAAAUAGAAAAGGGCUACCAAAAGAAUUAUUGAAAGAGAAACUAAAGAAAGGCGAGACCUGUGUUAUGGAAAAUAAUGACGGAGUGUUAAUUCUACGAUGGAAAGACAAGCGUGAUGUGUUGGCUCUAUCAACUCGGCAUACACCUAGUUUUGUCAGCGUGCGCAGCAAGAGAAACCGCAAUAAAGUGACUAUGAAACCAACGCUGAUAGCGGACUAUAAUCGUCAUAAAUGUGCUAUUGACUACUCAGAUCAGAUGGGUAGUUAUUGUAACCCUGCAAGGAGAAGCUUGCGUUGGUUUCAGAAAUUGGCCAUAGAGCUUUUAUUUAGCACAUCACUAAUCAAUGCCUUUAUUUUGUUCAAAAAUUCGAAAAACCUAACAUCUAAAAAAUAUACCAUAACCACAUUCAAAGAAAAUAUUUGCCGUACAUUGAUGGGUCUUGAUCAACAAAGAAGACAAGGUCGAAUUAACCAGGACUGCUCAGCUGGACACCGAUUUGGAAAGUCAACGUUGGUCGAUCAGCGUAACAGAAUAGUAAGAAGAAGAUGCAUCCACUGCUAUGAAAAGAAGAGAGAAGAAGGUUUGACCAGUGUAGAAGCAUCUAACAUGCCUGCUGACUUGCUAACCAAAGGUCUGCCAGCUGUUAAACAUUAUAAGUUCAUGAAAGAUUUUGGAAUUGUUAAUUUAGAAUAG